AUGGCCGGAACCGUCCUCAUCACAGGUGCCAACGGCACUCUAGCUCUCGAAGUUGUCCGAACUCUUCUUACAUCACAUCCCCAGUACACAGUCGUAGCAGCAGUGCGGAACACCUCGCCGGAAAAGGAUCUCAACACCGCCAAACUCAUGCAGAUCAUCGAGCAGCCUCCCGGAGCCAAAGUCGAAGUCAAGCAGCUUGACCUCGGGAAGCUGUCCGAAGUCCGUAGGUUCGCGGACGACAUUUCGAGGCAAAUCGACCUGGGAAACCUUCCCCGUAUCUCGGCGAUCCUGUGCAACGCGGCUACAUUGUCACUCGAAGCCGGUCAGAAAUACACGUCGGACGGCUUGGAAGCGACAUUCCAAGUCUGCCAUCUCUCGCACUACCUGCUGGUCCUCAAGCUUCUGGGAAGCAUGGACAUGGCAUACGGGCGCGUCAUCAUGCUCGGCUCCAUAACGCAUUUCCCCGAGAAGACCAACCCACUUUCGGCCUACAGACCGGAAUUCCCCAGCGAGAUCGAGCGACUGCGCUACGGGACGGCCAAGCUGGCGAACGUGACGUUCAUGCACGAUCUCAACAGGAGACUUGAAGCAGACCCCAAGCUCCCCAACCUAACCGUCUUGGCCGUGGACCCGGGAGGCCUAGCCGCGUCCAGAUCCCAGGUCCACAUGAAGAAGCCGGUCCAGCGGAUGAUGGCGACGAUCAACUUCCUGAUGCCCGUUCUGAAGCACGUCACCACCAUGUUCCGCCCCACGGCCGACGCGGCACGCGAUGUCGUCGCCGUCAGCGUGGCGCCCGAGUUCCGGAGCAGGCGGGGCUACUACGUCGGGCAGAGGGCGGAUGUCGAUGCUGAGAUCAGUCGAGAUGCGGGGGCGCAGGACCGGCUCUGGCGGGCUUGCUGGGGGUGGUCUGGUCUCGAGCCGGAGGAGACUAUGCUUGCUAAUGCUGCGGCGUGA